AUGGGCUGGUUCCCGACAACACUUGAUUCCGAUGCGCAGAGCUGGCGAUUCGAUAUCGUCUCUCUAUUGGCCGUGAUCGGAGGAUCAUCCAUUGAAAAGCACAAACAAGCCAUUACGGCAUCUCCUUUUGCCGGUUUCCCACGUAUCCUACCAGCUCCCGAAUCGCUAUUAGAUACCGAGCGACCUACUCGACUCCCAUCCGUCAAGGAAGUCAAAAUCAUCGGUGUCUACUCCGGCACGCGCUUCUCUGAACUUAAUUUCUUCGCCAACGUCAUUCACAAGCUCGAGGAGCUUAAGGAGUACGAGUUUCGCUCCUACGACAUCACCUACGGAAAAAUCAAGAAGGCAGAUCCUGAGAGAGACGGGAAGCCGGACAGCAAAGGGACUGUGACCAUCCCGCUGUGGAAGCUUUGUCCGUUGAACCUAGUGACUCUGAUCUCGAUCUUAAUGACCAUCGGACUCUUCAUCUGGGCCGGCGUAAUUCACGACGGCGUGGCUCUUGUCGGCCUGGCGACCAUGUCUCUGUCCACCAGUUCUGCCUGUCUUUCUGCACAGUGGUAUCCGAGAUUAGCAACCAGGCCCACGAAAGUCAAGGUGGAUCCCGGGGAUAUUGUCAUGAAGACACGGCAUGGAGCGUUCGUUGUGGUCAAGUGUACCGAGGAGAUUACAAGAGAACUAUAUGGUGGAGCAGAGAGCUGCCAUUAUGUGUUCCAGGGCCGAUCCCACCAGGUGCUCCUAGCCUGCAGUACGGUUCUCCUCAUGGCGUCGAUCAUCCUGUUCAGUAACUGCGGGUGGACGAUGCAGAUCGCCAUCGGUGUCGCAUAUAUCAUCCUCAACAUCCUGUACUGGGCCACAGCGCUGCUGACAGAACCCCAAGACACAUGGGAUAUGAGCCGAUUCGACGUGAAGGAAACAAAUAGAAAAAUAACGGGAAGCUACACUAGCGCCCUGUGGGAGGCUAUCCGUGAGACUGGGGAGGUCGACUGGGUUCGGAAGGGUGGGGACUUGGCUCCCGUGACAACGGCCUGGGAUAAAUGGUUAAAGAUGGCCGGCAUCGAAUGUCAAAACCCAGAAUCAACAUGGGAUCCCGAGCAGGCCAAAGAUGAGCUGAUGGCGAAAAAAGAUGCUACCAUUAGCAUCUUUUCGGAUUUCAAAAGCCGACCUAGAGCGGGGUAAAUAUUCUAAUUGUUGACUGCAAUGAACUAUAUGCAUUUUGAUUAUCGUCAUUGAAAGCCCCAGGGUCUUUUGCAGAAAAU